GCAGCCCUCGCGCCCGCACGCCAACCGUGCCCCCCGAGGAGGAGCACCAAGGAGCGAGACAGGACCGGGGCUGGCGGAAGUUGGGAGGAAAGAAACCUCGGGAUGCAGCACCUGUCCCUGCCCGUCGUAUGAACCUGGGGUGUCAUGUCGUGUGGCACCGGGGCAAACGACGAUGUCGCAUCGCUUGACAGGCACCCUCGCCUGGUGUUGCUCGUUGGCUCGUGUCGAGGACUCUUGGCCCUGAUCUGAGUUGGCCCCUAGUGUGCAUUUGCGGAUCGAUCUGCAAGAAAUCCCAACUUGUUGCAAGAUGAAUAAAAGAGAGCACGGCCGGCUUUCUCGCCCGGCUCUGGUCGUAUGUACUGUGGAACCUGAGAUCUGCUCUUCUCAUUCUAUUCUCUUCUCCUUCUGAUCUACAUUGCGGUCCGUCCCACCCCCAUCGGAGCGCACCGAAUUUUCUUUCCCCUCUGUGGUCAUGGCCUCGUCAGGCCAGUUGCCGCCAGAGAUGGCGGCCGAGAACAAAGGCCCUGGGAUCCUGGCUGCGUGCUACACUGUCGAGGUCAUUGCCAGCUGCUUCGUGGCGGCCCGCCUUUUUGUGCGCGGCCGGAUGAUGGGCAAGUGGCAGCUCGACGACUGGCUUAUAAUCGUGUCUAUGCUGUUCGGAUGGAUUGCUGUCGCCUUCACAACCGCCGCCGUCGCCAACGGGAGUGGCAAGCACUUCGAGGUGCUGACGGAGGAGCAACAUUCCAAAGCAGUAUUCUGGACCGUAAUGGGAUUUGGUCCUGGGUUAAUGUCGUUCGGUAUCCCGAAGCUCGCCGUCGUCGCCUUCCUCACGCAUAUAUUGAACCCGAGCAGGAUCCAUCGUAUCGUCUUGUGGUGCAUGGCGUCUUUAUGCAUUUUUAAUUUGUUGCUUUGUGUUGUUUUUCAUUUUGCCCAAUGCACGCCGGCAGCGUCGCAAUGGGACUUCACACUCGAGAGACGGUGUUGGACUCCAUGGAUCUUGAUAUGGUGGGCGACCUGGUCUGGCUACUUUUCUGCCUUCCUCGACCUCUACCUGGCGGUUUACCCAUCGAUCGUCCUCUACAAACUCCAAAUGACCCGCAAGAAGAAGCUCGCCCUCUGCGGUGCCCUCGGGAUCGGCUCAAUAUCCACCAUCGUCGCCAUAUACAAGACCACGAGACUGCCGUCACUCGCAAGUGGAGACUUCACCUUCUCCACGUCCGACCUCGUCAUCUUCACCAUCGCCGAAGGCGCAAUGAUCAUAAUAGCAGCGUGCAUCCCCGUCCUGCAGCCCCUCCUCGAGAUGAUGACAGGCAAGCGCGGGUGGUUGAGCAGCGGCAAGACGUCAGGCCGGCCGUACCACCAGCAGUACGCGCGCGGGCAGAGCUACGUGGCGGAGAAGUCGGUGCGGUCGGACUUUGAGGCGCGACGUACGCAGCGGCGGGUUGACGACGACGACGACCUCCUGAUGACAAGCUUGGAGAUGGAGAGGGCGCAGAACAAGGACGGGUACUGGACGGCGGGUCAGCCACCGGUGCCGCCACGCAGGGCAGCCCUGGCCAGGACGCCGUCACGGGCGUCGUCGAGGACCAGCAUCCGGAUGAGCCCCAAGGCGGCGACGUCGUUUGUCACACGGGGGAUCUUUUCGCGACCACGCAAGAGUGAGGAGGCCAACCCUGUGCCGCCGGUCAUUACCAAGACGAACAGCAUCAGGGUCGAGUACGAGCCGUACACGGGCGGGGCGGGAUCGUGGCCGCUCCCACAGAACCCGUUCCCGGUGAGCGAUGAUUCGGGAAGUGAGGGUGCGGGUGCUGGCAGCAUUGUCAAUUCGCGUUCAUUCUCUUUAAGCAGCAGCGUCCAGUCGCAGGGUGCAUUGCGAGGUUCAUAGUCCUUGAUGCCAGUCAGUCAGUUUAAGUAAUGUAUAACUUUGCAUGGA